AUAAAAAUAGGAUCUUUCAUUCGUAUGCAUCGGAAAACAUAUUUGCAGGCUAUUCGGUAGAGAAGCUUUCAUUCUUCUUCUUAGAAACAAAUAACAUGGAUAAAGUAGAGACGUAGGAGCACAUCGAAGGUAAUCCAUGGACAACGACAACGUAAUACCUGCAGAUGUAGAUCUUUUCUUUGAGGAGACGCCUAAAUUAGGCCAAGAGUUUCAUUCGCUAGAUGAUGCUCAGGUUUUUUAUAAUGCAUAUGCAAAGUUGCUUGGGUUUGGUACUAAAAUAAAAAACUCAACUGUUAACAAAGCUGGAGUCAUAACAUGGAGAGCCUUUACAUGCUCUAAAGAAGGCCGGACAAAUGUGUCUUUGCGGAAGACUAAUAAAAUUGUCUUUGAAAGAAAUAGGGGCCACUCAAGGUGUGGGUGUCCUGCUAAGAUGCAUGUUUCGAGGAAUCGACAAAGCAAUUUAUGGACCGUGACAGGAUUUGAGAAGAUCCAUAAUCAUGACCUUGUUAGUCCGAGUAAGAUACAUUUGAUUCGUUCUCACCGAGAAGUGUCAUCUUCGAAGAGAAUAUUGAUGAAUGAGUGGGGAGAUGCAAAUAUUGAGACACAUACUCAAAUUCGAUUGUUGGAGAACGAAGCUGGAGGUCUAUCUACGAUGGGUUGCACAGAGACUGAUAUAUAUAAUUACAGUGCAUCAUUGAAAUCCAAAUUUAAUGGGAUUGAUGUGAAAACAAUGAUUCAUGGAUUUCAGACUGAAAAGCAAAGGAAUUGUGACUUUGUUUACAAUUAUGAAAUUGAUAGUCAAAAGGUUCUUACUAGAUGCUUUUGGGCCGAUAGUGAUAGUAGGAAUGCAUACUUAUUUUUCGGUGAAGUGGUUGUAUUUGAUACAACAUUCAAUACAAACAAGUAUGGCUUCUAUCUUGCUCCCAUCGUUGGUGUUAAUCAUCAUCGUCAAACUACUGUUUUCGGUUGUGGUCUGCUAAGUGAUCAGUCGACAGAGUCAUUUUCUUGGCUACUAUCAAAAUUCUUGGAAGCUAUGGGUCCUAGACCCCAUCCAAAAGUAAUAAUAACUGAUCAAGAUGCCGCUAUAGCUCGAGCAGUGGGUAAUAUAUUUCCAAAUGUAUCGCAUCAUCAUUGUUUGUGGCACAUACUUAAAAAAUUCCCAGAAAAGAUGAAUGUCUCUAGCUCAUCUUAUACUGAACUCCAUAAAGAUUUAGUGGAUAUUAUAAUGAGUUCAGAGAGCACAAGUGAUUUUGAGCAACGGUGGACUGCCAAACUCUUGUUGCCAGAGUUGCAUGAUAAUAAUUGGCUUGCUGAUAUAUAUGAAAUUCGAGCAAAAUGGGUCCCUUGUUUUGUGAAACAUAUUUUUUGUGCGGGCAUGCUAAGUAGUCAGCGUGUCGAAAGCACACAUGCUUUUUUUAAAAAGUAUGUUAACAAGAAGUGCACCUUGAGCCAGUGUGUGACACGUAUUACUCGGGCUAUUGUGAGACAGAGGCAUAGAGAGCUUAUUGCUGAUCACCGCGACCGUAAUGAAGUUCCUCAGAUAAAUUCAAGCUAUUUAAUGGAACGACAAAUGGCGAAAAUAUACACAAAGGCAAUAUUUUGUAAGUUCCAGAAAGAAUUCGACAAGUGUGCUCUUUACACUUGUCACAUGAUUUCUAGCUCUGCUGAAACUAAGAUCUAUGAUGUCAAAAGAUUUGAUCUAAGUUCGACUUCUAGCUCUGCGACACAUAGACUUACAUAUAAUAGAUCCUUGGAUUUUGUUUGUUGUAGCUGCCAAAAAUUUGAAUUUAUGGGGAUUAUUUGCCGACAUAUUCUCAUAUGGAUGAGAGUUGAGCAGGUGUUGAUAUUACCAGAGCAAUAUAUUCUUCAUCGAUGGACAAAAAAAGCAAAGAUAAACCCUGUUUAUCAGCUUGCAAGUAGUUCAUUUGUUGGUUCCAAAUUGUGGGCAAGGCGGGUGAAGCUAAGGCUAUCUGCUUUUCAGGUUGUUGACGUAGCAUCCUUAACUGAAGAACGAAGCAAUUAUUUUGCAGAAGUCUUAAAGGGUGCUAUGGAUCACCUAGCACAUAUGGAUGAUGGGGGAGGGAAUACAAACCAACCAUCAAUACUGUCCUGUCAAUUACAAGAAGUUCCUGUGAAUGAUCCAAAAAUUACAAAAAUUAGAGGUUCAGGUUCACGGCUUAAGCAUCCAUCUGAAAGGGCUAGACGUUGUGGAAAAUGCAAGAAGGUUGGACAUAAUGCUAGAUCAUGUCAAGUUUCCCAGCUAGAGAGGUCUCAAAACUGUAAUAAGCAGUUUGAUCUCAAUCUCCCGGAUUUAGAAUGUUGAAGGAUACUGAAGAAACAAGUCUGCUACAAGAUUCUGAUGCUUGACAUGUAUUCAGAUGUUACAUUAUUAUUUUAUUUAUUGUUUCGUAAUGAUAUACUAGUAAUAUUUUAGUAUUUCUGGAUAAUAUGGUAUUAUCCAUAUGGUAUUCAUUCGUAUUUCUGGAUUAUCUAUGAGAAUAUGAUUUCUC